AGUAGCCGCGGGUGCUCGGCGGCGGCGGGUGCCGGGGCCGGGGCCGGGGCUGGGGGCGGCGGGGCAGGGCAGGGGGUCUCUCACGGCGUGGAGGUGGCCGCUUCCCCUCCCCUGGGCUCCAUCGGGGCCAGAUUCGUCACCGCUGGAAGCAGAUUUAUCUCGGAAUCGCAAGAGAGCUGUGCCAAGGUAUUUAACUUUCAGGCUCGGGAGAGAGGGAACUCCUUUGGAUCAGCCACAGAAAGGCAGAGCCUCCCGCGGUCACGCCUGAACGCAGGACCAGAGGAUGGCUAAGGAGCUUUAGCGAGUGGAAGCCUUCCUCUCCAAAUCCUCGGCUUCUCCCAGGAAAACGCCGGACUUCCAAGCGCUUGAUGCACACAAACGGUGGGCCCUUCCACAUGUGACCAUAAGACACAGACAGUAGAGUUUCUGCAGCCUUUGUGGGAUCCUGAAGGAAAAAGGCAUGCCAUGAGUCAGCAGACUUGUCCCUCCUACUUGGCUGGGCUUUCCUGAGUGUAUAUAUUGCAUGAUUAUGCUUUUAAGAUACUAAGAUAGUUGCGUGUAUUUCAACUCUAUAUUUUCAAAUCUCUCUGUCUUGUUUUAGAAAAAAAUAGACAAAAUGGAGCACAUGUUACUGCUAUCCAUAUUAUUCUUGCCUACAUUGGGUCUUGCUAAUGGAACAGAAACUGAACAAGAUUUUACUUGGCACUUAAAGAAGAUUCCCCAAAUAGUGAGUGAAAGAACUUUCUCCCUUGACAACCCUAAAUUUGAAGCAAAACCCAACUUAGAGCUGAACAGCGUAUGUGGAAUUGAAUGUCAAAGAAAAUUGCCAGUGCCCAGCUUGUCUGACUUGAAGGACCUCUUAUCCUAUGAGACUGUUUUCGAGAAUGGCACGCGGACCCUGACUGAAGUGAAUGUCCUUGGACUAACACCUGGUCCAUCUGGAAACACAACUACACACAAGUCAUUGAGGAAGAAGAGGCAGAUAUAUGGAAUAGAUAGUAGGUUCAGCAUCUAUGACAAACGGUUUAUGACCAACUUUCCCUUCAACACAGCUGUGAAGGUCUCCACUGGCUGUAGUGGCAUUCUCAUUUCCCCCAAGCACGUGCUAACAGCUGCCCACUGUCUGCAUAACGGCAAGGAUUACGUUAAAGGCAGCAAAAGACUGAGGGUGGGCCUGAUGAAAACAAAGUCCAGAGGUGAUGGCAGGAAGCGCAAAGGGGCUAAGAGAAGUAGGAGAGAAGCUUCUGAGGCCCAAGAGGAUCCUAAAGUUGACACAGGACUAAGGCGACGAUCCAAAGGUGGUGGGAGAAAGCAGAGGAGAUCUGGGAGGAAGCAGGAGACCUCAGAUGGCAUGCCCUCCUUCCAGUGGACCAGAGUGAAGAGUACCCACAUCCCCAAAGGCUGGUUUAAGGGUGUCUCUGGUGAUAUUGCCCUGGAUUAUGAUUAUGCUGUUCUUGAGCUCAAGCGUCCCCACAAAAGGAAAUACAUGGAGCUGGGAAUCAGCCCAACCAUCAAAAUGAUGCCCGGGAGCAUGAUCCACUUCUCGGGUUUUGACAACGACCGAUCUGGGCAGCUGGUCUACAGAUUUUGUAGCAUUUCUGAUGAGUCCAAUGAUCUCUUUUAUCAGUAUUGUGAUGCUGAGCCUGGCUCAACUGGAUCUGGCAUCUAUCUCCGUCUUAAGGAGCCGAACAAAAAGAAGUGGAAACGCAAGAUCAUUGCUGUUUAUUCAGGCCAUCAGUGGGUGGAUGUCAAUGGGGAACAGCAGGAUUAUAAUGUAGCAGUAAGAAUUACUCCUCUUAAAUAUGCCCAGAUUUGCUUCUGGAUACAUGGGAAUGACGAGAAUUGCACACAAGGCUGAAGAGAGCUGAAACUAACUUGCCUAGCACCCAAAUUAUAACAGAGUGAAAAUCUUCUGCCAGCAGUUACCGAAAGAACAUCACUCUACGUCAGGAUGCUUUCGAACUCAAAGCUCACAAGUAAUGUUACGGUGACUUGAGUAAUGCUGAAUGGUUGGGGAAUGGGUAGAGUUAUCAAACAAAAUAUUUUUAAUUGUAAUCAACCCUAGAUCUGCACUUAAAAAACCCAAACUAUAUUUAUAUUUGCAAUUGUGAUAAAUUCAAAUCGUUCAUGUCAGAAAAAAAUGACUACACUUGUUUGUCAUUUUUUUCCCCCAGGGGAAGGAUUGAAGCUUCUCAAACUGGUAUCCAACAAUAUAUGUUUUUUCAAUGGAUUUUCUUUUCUCAGGGUUCUGUUCCAAUUCUUCAAAUGCAAGUUGUGUGUACAUCACUUUACUGUCUGUGCAGAAUGAUCCAGAGUACUGCAUGAGACUAAGAAAUUAUUCUGGCAUUUUCUAAAGACCACAGCUCCAUGUUGAAAAACAGCAAUCUAGUUCGUGCUUGUUAUUUUGGAAAGUUUCCUAAUCUGGUUGCUGGAGGAACACUCCCAUGGAAACCCCAAUUUUUUGUAGCCAAUGACUAGACCUAAAAGACAAGUUUUCACUUCAUUGCUCAGUAGAAACAACAAAGAGAAAUUAAAGAACAUAGAAGUUUCCAUGUUUGGGAGAAGAAACAUCAGAGCAUAACUUAAUGCCUUUUUAUACCUUCUUUGAGAAGCUAUACAAGUCUUAAAUAUAUACAUUUGUUUUCUAAUUAGUAUUUGGAAAGCUGUAGCUUUAGCUUCUUUUCAAAUGUUUAUCUUCCCCAUUAGGCAAAGUCACUGACUUCAGAAGUGGCUGUUUGACAAUCAUUUGGAGCUUCACCUCAAAGCCACGGAUGAGAGUUUCGUUGGGUGCUAACCAUUUUUGCAGGUUCUUAAAAUUACUUCAUAAGAAUUCAGCUACAUAGAUAGGAUACUCUGGGUAUUAGACUGGGAGUUGGAAAGCAGUAUUUCUGUAUGUCUUUCCAUGGUUUUACAAAGUGGGCAGUUUUAAUCAUGUCAUAUUCAGACUCCGCCUCAACGCGAGUCACAGGGUUAAACUAAAAAAUUCUCCCAACUAAAUUAUACCAACUUCUGAAUGGUGGAAGAACUACCCUGUGCAUGAUAACCGGUAUCUUGCUAGAUAGCAGCAGUAGUUAUCAAAUGAUUUGGUUCAAUAUGUUUGCUGAACCACACAGUUAAUGAAAAAAGAGAGCUUGACUUUCACACAUGAAUCGCCUUUUUAAAAAAUUGAAUACUGUUGAUUGCCACACAAGUCUUAAUCUUGUAUUUUGUAUCAAGAUUUUGGAGUGCAAAGGAUUGUUAUGGUGCUAUGUUAAUCUAGUAACAAAAUAAUAUUUCAGAUCACAUCCAUUGUAUUUCAGAUCACAUCCAUUGGGUUUCGUUACUUUUAUAAUUAUUCGUCAUUGCAAUAUUUAAUUUUUUGAUGAUAGGUUUAUACUGACCAAAAUUAAUUUUCUUCCUAUGCAGAAGAAAAAAAAAUAGAACAAGAUUUUAAAAUAUGAUUUCUUAUUGGUAUAUUUGAAAUUUGCUUGUAACAUUUUUCAAUGAAAUAUGAUCGUUUUUAGUAACCCACUUUUUUGUAGAUGACUGAAAAUAUAGAACCUGACACUUUGAAUGUGCAGGCAACUUUCUUUGACAUAUUAUUACCAAAGCAUCAAAAUUUAACAGUUGUUUCCAUACCAUAACUCCAGCAAUAUUUCAUUGAUUGGAAGAGAUCUCACUUUAAAAGAAACUAUUUCUUUCAACUUUAGCCUUUCCAGGCAACAUUUAACUUUUUUUUUUUUUUUUUAGACUUGUAUGAUUGUUUGCAGAAAACUAAUAUUUUUUAAAGUUUAGAAAUUAAUGUCUAAGGUUUUAAAGUUAAUUAUAUUUGUUGUUGUUGUUAACAUCUCUAUGAAGACAUAUGGCUUCACUGACUAAUUUUAAAUCACCUCAGUCCAAUAUUUAAUGCUCUUGCUCUAUGCAGCAGACCUACAAUAUUUCUUAGGUGGCUCUAUAAUAUAUUUCUUACGUGCCUUUUUCCAUAGUUACUGUAACAAAUAAGGUACCAUAUUGUUAAUCAGUAUAAGUCAGCAUAGGUCCAUGGAUUUUGUUAGAAUUUUAUCCUCAACAUUGAUUCAGGUCCAAAACUGAUCAAGAUAAAGUAGCUUAGUAAAUCCCUUGUUUUGGGGAGUCGUCUUUAGGUGUACUCAUUAGGAAAAGAAAUACCAUUAUUUCUUUAUUAGUUUGGGAAUCAGGGACAAGGUAAGAAUGAAAAAUGUUUAUGUCAGCUUUCAAAUGGUCUUGUUCUAAUAAUCAUCUGCUUUAAAUACCUCAGCCACAACCUGAAAUUCUCAUACCACGCUGAUAACAAAAGUUUAUCCUCAGAGGAUAAAUGUUGGAUGUCCAGUGCCUUAUUUUAUGGUACUAAGAGAUUAAAGAGGCUGGGCAGCGCAACAUAUGAAUUAAUCUCAACUAUAUAUAUACAUAUUCAAGCCCCUGUGUCUGAGUGCCCAUGCAGAGACACAUGCAAGCAUGGCAUUUGAAAGCAUGCGCUGUGCUGUCUGGGCCAGAACCUUCAGGCAAGGGGAAAAGAUACCAGUGGCCAAAAUGUUCAUGGCUGUCGUAUCCUAAUGCCAGACAACAUUUCGAUAUGCCGUUUAGCCUAAUAAAGAAGGAAAUGCUUUGUGUAGGUGUUGUUACAGCCCCAGAGGCCAGCACAGGGCUAUCGGUACCAGCCACUGCAAGUGGGACAAGAACUUUUGAGCUGUCAGAAUCUCAGAUUGCCUUCAAAGAGCUGCAGUUGGUAUCUUGUUAUCUAUGACAAAAUACCCGAGGGGGUGUUCCUAGUAAGGAGUAUAGUGUACAGGCAUCAGGGCAGGGUUCCCAGCAUAGGAGACACGUCCCUUGCAAUGUUUCUGCAAAGGAUUUUUCCCUCUUUCAAGUACUGGAGUGGGCAUCAUUUGUUUUCCUCAGCGUUAAUGUUUUCCAUAAGAGUCGAGCUUUUCUUUAACUGUUUUCCUGGCUUUAGGAAAACAAAACAAACAAACAAACAAACAACUCAGACAAAUCCCUUUUCUGCUAAGGGGCUACUGGCAAUUUGUAAGUUUUCCCCAGGCCAAGGAUAUGCCUCAUAUACAAACCAUUAACACACCCAGACCAGCUUCUGCAAGACACUUGUGCGUGUGUUUAGUUUUGGGCUCUGAGAAGUACAGUGGAAGCCAAGGGGUUUAUCUGGGAUGUGAAAAAUCAAGUCUAAGUUUAUCUUACAAAAGAAAAACACAAUAUUAGCUAGUAAAAUUUAUUUCUGUUAUGUGAGGUAUAGAGUACCCGAUGCUUUAAAAAUUGCUUAAAGCUUCUCCUUGACUCACUUCAUAACUUACCGUACAAAUUCUACAGAUUUAUGAGUCUGUAUAGAGUAUGAAUCAACCCAGAAUAUGGCCAAGUAAGAAAAUAAUUCAUCUGAAAGUGGAGGAAAGAAGCAGCUGGGGUCUUCCUCCUAUUCUGCUGAUAAGAGAUCACCUUGCUGCAAGCAGCAAUUACUACAGAAAGAGACAGCAAAAGAAGUCGAUGUUACAGAAGACCAGGAAGAAGGAGGUGGUGUAUGAGGGAUAAAGAAAGUGAAAAGUAAAUGGCCAUGAGGUAGCAGAAAGACCUACUGUAAGAAAGAGUUGGCAGGUGGGAAAGGCACAACAGUAUAUGUUAAGAUGUAAAAAUCAUAAGUUGCAUGAACAUCUUUCACUAUUAAGCAUGGGGCUAUUCUUCCCAGCUAAAAGCACCAAGGAAAAGGCUGUGAGAGGGAGGGUUCAUGUUCUAGCAGAGACCACUGACAGGCAGCAGUUGUGAACCCUGACCUACAGUCCUUGCCCAAAGUCGCAGGGAUUGUGCUUGUGCUCAGUACGUCAGGGUCCUUGGGAAGCAACAGAGCCAAAAGGGUCGGUGGCACGAACCUCCCAGCACACCGCAUCACCGAGAAGGUGGUAAGUGACGCCAAUUUCUUCCAUGUAAACAUUUCCAAACCUGACAAUUUGGUGGGAUUUCUGCCAAGGCUGUUCCCUGUUGGAAAAAAAAAUUUAAAUCCCAAACCUGAAGUGUUUAAGCAUUGGUUCCACAUUUUGCAUGUAUCUACAAAGCCUAGCCAAUAUUUUUUUUUCAAAUACCUUUAGUAUGUUUGGUAGCUUUGUAGAAAUGUAGUCAACUGCUUCUAAUUUUAAAGCACACCAUAUUGCAGAUACUUCCAUCUACAACCUACUGGACUAAGGAAUAAUAUAUAUAUAUAUAUAUAAUUAGAUUGAAAGCUUAAAAUUGCACAAUAAUCUCAAAGGAUUUGGAAACACAUUUGACUCCCUGGUUUUCAUUUUUAUUUGCACCAGCCUUUUGCUCCAAGUAUGAGAUAGUAUUUAGGCUAAAAACCUUAAGAGGUAGCUUUUAUGAUUCUUUAAUGUUCUUAACUUUUUAAAAAGUGACAGCAAACUUCAAAAAAAUGUGUUUUUAUAAUAUUUUUAACUGCACAAAACUACAGCUCAUUUGGGAAAAUAAAUGCAAACCUUCACUAUAUUAAGAUGUUAUACAAUGCAAUGCACAUGCUAUGUCAAUAAAUAUUUUCUUGUUUUUCUUUUCCUUUUUCAUGA